AUGUCUUCAUCUAAAAUGAUAUCAUUUGAUCGUUUAUUAGAUUCCUUACGGUUAACUCCACGUCACCGUUUAGUCGCUUUUAGUGAUAUGUGGGCCGAGAUAUUUUUGUGGUGUUUUAUGACGUCGAUUAUUGUACAUAUGAUUGCAUCUAUUGUAUCUAUUAUUUCGCUUCGUGAUCAUAAAAUUGGCCGGUGGUAUUCUUUAUUGAUUAUAUCAGCCGGAAUUAUAACUCCUAUUAUACCAUCGGCAAUAACAAGUGCAUUAUUAGCAGCAAUAUUUUAUGCUGCAUCAGUUGAAAUGAAGCCAUUCUUUUGUUUUGUACUCGGUGUGGGACAAAGUACAGUUAUUAUAUUAUUUUCAUUCUUGCGUAUUUUGGCUACAUUGUGA